AUGGCCGAAGCAGUGCAAGUGGCAGUCAGCAGUUCUGCCAGAAACGACGUAGUUGGUGUUGGAGGAGCAGUCCACAUCCCAGGAUUCUGUGACAAAACUUUUGCAUUCACGCUUGGUGCGAGAGACCAGCACAACCCAUACUCUGGACAGCUGGCAGCGAUUGCGUAUGCUCUGCGGCGUGCGCUGUCUGAGCCUUGGGACCAACGGGUGGUUGUGCUCACCAGCAACAGGGCAGCAGCACUUGCGAUACAUCGGUCGCAACAACAAUCUGGUCAAGCGCUGAUUCGCUCAAUUUAUGACUCAGCCGACACAUUGCGAGCUCGUGGAAACAUGAUCCUGGUACGAUGGUUGCCAGCGAGCCCGGAGAAUACUCUGCUACAGAAAGCGAAGCAACAGGCGAAAGCCAUGACUCAAGUGGGGGCUAUCGCGGAGAGGCCAUUUCCAGCAAUGCGCUCCACGACCCCGACUAUUGCACGAACCAAACUGCCCGUCGUUGAUGCCCUGCCUGAAAGUGUAGGCAGAUUCUCUAAGCGUAUUGACCAAGCCCUACCAGGCAAGCACACGAAGAAGAUGUACGAUCAACUCACCCGCAAAGAAGCUGCCGUGCUUUUGCGGGCAAGCAAGAGAGACAGUGGAGCAUUUCCUGUUCACAUGUGUCAGAUGGAUGGAACAGCGAAAAGGUGA